AAUGUGAGUUCAAUAAACAAGGUUUCGAUGCACAAGGAUAUGAUCGCAGUGGCUUUGACUGGAUGGGAUGGGACCGUGAUGGGUUUGGUAGGGACGGCUUUAAUCGGGAUCACUUUGACAGGGAUGGUUAUGACAUCUAUGGUCACAACCGAUACGGCUUUAACCGAGCCAAUAUGGCCGCAUUUGGCAUGAAAGGGGAUGGGACUAUGAUAUCUUCUAUGACUAAAGAGCUUGUGAACCAGCUUUUUCCAGACGGCUUCAACAGAUAUGGCUUCAGUCCUUAUGGCCUGGAUAGAGCAGGACUUGACGCAUUUGGUUUCAGAGUCGACGGCUACGAUAAAGACCAGUGUAAUUUCUUCCUUCACGGGCCACACUAUCUUCGUUUCUACUUUUAUGCCCAGCUACAAAUGAGUGUGGCUGAGGUGCAGUCUCUGUCCACCAUUAAGCGCAUCUGCCCUCCAGUCAGCCUUCUGCCCCCUCUUUGGGCCAAUCGGCAGUGGCUUGGGCUAGGCUCAGAGGAGGGACGUUAUGUGAUUGGUCUGCUGGAGCAGCAGUGGGAGGAGCAAAGGCCAUUUGACAAGGAUUACAACCCCCAUGACUCUUCAGUUAGGGCGACAGGCCUCUGGCUGCCAAUUACACCUGACCUCAGGUUUUGUUUUGAGUUGCCAUGGUUUUCUGGGUGUCCUGUGGGCGUAGCUCCAGUAGAGUGCCCCGAUUUGUGCCAAGAUUCUCUUUGCCCAGGGCAACCAGACGCCCAAUGCCAUGUCCACACGUGUGGCUCCUGUUUCACUGAGUGGAUACACAAAGACACAGGCGAGGCUGUGAUGUGCCAGGAGUGGUGACAGUC